AAAGAAAGGUUGAGGAAGCCGGGGGACCUAGGCUGCCAGCACACCCAAGAGCCUCCAGAGGCUCUGGUGGAUCGGAGUCUGCGCACUCCGCCGAGAGCGUGCCUUUGGCUCGUCCAAUCAGAGCGGCGGAUCCAGCCGCUUCUCUGUCGCCUUGGCAACGGGACGCACAAGCACGCGCGGCGAGCUGUGGCAGUUUGGAUCUAGUCCGUGGGGAAUCGCGUUAUGUCGCGACCCAAGAACCAAAAUUACAAGGGCCAUGGAUUGUCAAAGGGAAAAGAGCGAGAGCAGAGAGCAUCGAUCCGGUUCAAGACCACCCUCAUGAACACACUCAUGGACGUCCUUCGCCACAGGCCAGGAUGGGUGGAAGUGAAGGACGAAGGAGAGUGGGAUUUCUACUGGUGCGAUGUCAGUUGGCUCCGGGAGAACUUCGACCACACCUACAUGGAUGAACACGUGCGGAUCAGCCACUUCCGGAACCACUACGAGCUGACCCGGAAGAACUAUAUGGUAAAGAACCUGAAGCGGUUCCGGAAGCAGCUGGAGCGCGAAGCGGGAAAGCUGGAGGCAGCCAAGUGCGACUUCUUCCCCAAAACCUUUGAGAUGCCUUGCGAAUACCAUCUUUUUGUGGAGGAGUUUCGCAAAAACCCAGGAAUCACCUGGAUCAUGAAGCCUGUAGCCCGGUCACAGGGGAAAGGCAUCUUCCUCUUCCGCAGGCUGAAGGACAUCAUGGACUGGAGGAAGGACACAAGAAGCUCUGAUGACCAGAAAGAUGAUAUUCCUGUGGAGAACUAUGUGGCUCAGCGUUACAUUGAAAAUCCCUACCUGAUAGGAGGCCGCAAGUUUGACCUGCGUGUCUAUGUGCUGGUGAUGUCGUACAUCCCGCUGCGGGCCUGGCUCUACCGGGAUGGCUUUGCCCGAUUCUCCAACACCCGCUUCACGCUGAACAGCAUUGAUGACCAGUAUGUUCACCUCACCAACGUCGCUGUGCAAAAAACAUCUCCCGACUACCACCCAAAGAAGGGCUGCAAGUGGAUGCUGCAGCGCUUCCGGCAGUACCUGGCAUCCAAACAUGGGCCCGAGGUGGUGGAGACGCUCUUCAGGGACAUCGACAACAUCUUUGUCAAAAGCCUGCAGAGUGUGCAGAAGGUGAUCAUCAGUGACAAGCACUGCUUCGAGCUGUACGGCUACGACAUCCUCAUCGACCAGGACCUCAAGCCGUGGCUCCUGGAGGUCAAUGCGUCCCCGUCACUGACAGCCAGCAGCCAGGAAGACUAUGAGCUCAAGACCUGCCUCCUGGAAGACACCCUGCAUGUCGUGGACAUGGAAGCAAGGCUCACGGGAAGGGAGAAGCGAGUCGGGGGCUUUGACCUCAUGUGGAAUGAUGGCCCCGUUAGCAGAGAGGAGGGGGUUCCUGACCUGUCGGGAAUGGGAAACUUUGUGACCAACACACACCUCGGCUGCGUCAACGAUCGGAAAAAACAACUGAGGCAGCUCUUCUACUCCCUUCAAGUCCAGAAGAAAGCUUCCAGUUGAUCCCCAGCUGCCAGGAGGAAAUCAGCCUUAGCAGGUGCCACCCAGGCCUCCCCCGCACUCUUAGAUCCCAGCACAGCACCUCAAAGCUCUCAC